AUGGUGGGAAAUUACACUGGAGUCAUCAAAUUUUAUAUUGAAGGCUUUUCUGGCUCUCUAGAGUUUCGUCACACACUCUUUGCCAUAUUCUUCUUCUCCUUCUUUGUGACUAUAAUGGGAAAUGUGAUAAUCAUUGUGAUUGUCUGUGCUGAUCACAGACUACACUCUCCCAUGUAUUUCUUCCUUGGUCACUUGUCUUUCCUGGACAUCCUGAUUACCUCCACUAUCAUUCCUCCAAUGCUAGGGGGCUUGCUAAUGUCUGAAAUCCUCACCAUGUCUUUUUCAGCCUGUGUCACUCAACUCUUCUUGUAUCUCUCUUUGGGGACAAUUGAAUUUGUAUUACUUGGAGUAAUGGCAGUGGAUCGUUAUGUAGCUGUCUGUAACCCCUUGAGAUACAGCAUCAUCAUGAACAGUCAAAUUUGUCUCUGGGUGGUGAUACUGGCCUGGGUAUUUGGUUUUCUUUUUCAAAUCUGGCCAGUCUAUGCUACUUUUCAACUCUCCUUCUGCAGAUCAACUCUUGUGAACCAUUUUUUCUGUGAGAGAGGGCUAUUGCUGAAACUUUCUUGUGAUGACACAGCUUUCUUAGAAUUUAUUCUCUUCUUGAUGGCCACUGUUAUUCUUCUGGGCUCUUUGCUUCCAACUAUCAUCUCUUAUACCUAUAUAAUCUCUACCAUUUUAAAAAUCCCUUCCAAUUCCGGCCGGAGAAAGGCUUUCUCCACCUGUGCCUCUCACUUCACGGUGGUGGUAAUAGGCUAUGGAACCUGCUUGUUUCUUUAUGUGAAGCCCAAGCAGACCCAAGCAGCUGAGUAUAACAAAAUUGUGUCCCUGAUGAUUUCAGUGGUAACCCCAUUCCUGACACCCUUCAUCUUCACUCUUCGGAAUAACCAAGUCAAAGAAGCCCUGAGACAUGUCAUCUUCUUAAAGUUUGGCCCUUCCCAAGGGAGCUAUCAGUAA